UAUCUGUGUGUUUCACGUUUUUCAAAUAUCUAAGUGCCAGAGGUUUGUGACUUAAACUCAAAGCCUCAGUUGCUUCAGCAAAAUAUGGAGGGUAAAAAUAGUGCCUCCCCUGAGGGGUCCUGUAUUAAGUGGGUAAUGACUAUGAUAUAGUGAUCAUUAUGCUAGGCACAGAGAAAAGGCCUAGUUUGUAAAAAUACUGAUGCAUCCUCAGAAAGGAGGUGUUGAAAUGUCUCUCUUUUAUAUUCAUGCUCCCCAUCCGAGGCUUGGAAUCAAGACAGCUCGCUCUUUUCUACACAACAGCUCUCUUCUCUAGCUGGGCCCCUCCCCAUCUCCUCAGUGCGAGGAGUGUGCAAUAUGAAAUCUCUAUUUCCACAUGAAAACUUUUUUGUUCAUGUUGAGGUUUUAUUGAUAAUUUUUUUGUUUUUCUUUUUUUUUUCCAGGAAGGGAAAAGGCUAUUGCCUUCUAGUCACCAGUGUUUGACAUUAGGGGUUGACUCCUCCUGCUCCUAUCAGCACUGUAAGCACUGUGGGGGAAGAGAACCGGCCUGUCUGCACAGGCCCCGCCCCCGGCCCUAGCAGGGUAUCACUGAAGGGAUGGUCCCCGAGGCUCUGUGCUGGACCCUGCCUGUCACAGCACAGCCUUUGCCAAAGCAACUGCACCGCAGAACCUGGAGACAUCAUUGCUGUUUCUCACAGUUAUUUAGUGGCCAAGGUAGAGAGCAGGAAACACCUGUGUCUUCUGUACUUAUCCAUCUUGCGUCCUGAGGCAGUUCUUCCAGUAACUGCAGUAAAGACAUCUUCAAAUACAAAAACUGUUCAGACUCAGUCCCGUGGAAUUGAUCUUCAAUGUAUCCAUGAAAGGAGACUUUUUUAUACCAGACGUGUCAGUGGGAAAAUGACCUGGAGCCAUUCUGCUAGGCUUCUGUUUGUGAUCAGUUUGAUAUUGCAGAUCAUCCCCAUGGGAAACAGCUAUCAAACAGGGAAAUAUAAAAGUAGUAGAGAAGAAAGCAGCAGUGGUAAAGCUCAGAAGUUCCAGCAGAAAACACUCAACUGGACCUUGAAUAAUUUAAGGGAGGAGAAUGACAGCACGGAGGGCUGGAAGCCUCAGGGUUCAUUCCCCUACUCCUUGACUUUCCAAGAGCUAAGUGGCAAUGCUGCAGACAAAGGUCAUCUCGGUGCACCUCCGCGGCGGAGCUGCUGCCAGAACGGCGGCACCUGCGUGCUGAGCAGCUUCUGCGUGUGCCCCGCUCACUUCACCGGCCGCUACUGUGAGCACGACCAGAGGCGCAGUGCGGCGCCCUGGUGCACGGAGCCUGGACCUUCCGCGGCUGCCACCUUUGCAGACUUGAAAGACUUCCUCACCUCACACUCUAAUGGACUGAGAACCCAGCUCACGUGGCGUGUUCUCCUCUUGUCCUGGUUCCUCCUGAAAUCCAUCCUCAGUGACGGGGGAGCCUGCUGAUCAGACCACAGUUCGCCCAGCAGAACCAGAACUGUUCCUGGCCUCCCAGCGUGGCUGAACCAGAUGGUGCUGCAUGGGGAAGCCAGGGAUUAUAUGUUCUCUUGCACUGUCUAUGUUGUAUGUAAUAGACUGGUUUCCUUUCUUAUAAACCAUAAGAUUAAAUGAAUAUUUGUAAUGCUUAAUAAACUUUUUCAUGAAAGAGC